GAAGUGGCCGCGGGGCUUGCCGGGACUUAUAGUAGUUAGAAGCAGCGUCCACCGGUUGCUGCCUACAUGGCCUGCCGCCGCUUCGCGGUUACCAAGGAGCGGAGAAGGUAGUGGUAGGCGCCACCGUGGAGCCGCUCCGAGAUCCCCGGGAGUCUCGCAGGCGCGCAUCUCGCGUUGCCGGGACGCAGCCUUUGCGGACGCCUCGGAGGCGGAAGCGACGACGGAGGCAGGUGAAGAAACACAAAAAAAAGGAAGUCAAGGGGUCUCUCCCAAGGUCAAAGAUCAAGGAGAUGGCCUCCUCACGAAUAUACAAGCUGGAUAAUGGGAAGCCUUACCUGAACAACUGCUUUCCAGCCAAAAAUCUCCUUCGGAUGCCAGACGAAGGCCGAGGACACUGGUUAGUGGCUCGGAAAUGUAACCUCAAGAAGAAGCCCAAGAGUGUGUUUGAGGCACCAGCUGAGGGUCAGGAAAGCCAGAAGAAGGUUUCUUCUGAGGUCCGGGGGAAGAAAGCGUUUCAACAGGAAAACCAAGAGGGCAUUCCUGGACAUGUGCUGGACCGGGCUUUUCUGCUGAAGCACCAUUGUGUGAGGAAGCCAUCAGACCUGGUCAACAUUAAUGUGAGCGGCCUGAAGUUCUCCAAGGCUAAAGAAAAGGACUUCAGGCAUUUUCAUUCGGUGAUUUACAUCAAUGCCUCAGAAAACCUGCUUCCUCUAGAGGCAUUUCAUACAUUUCCAACCUUAAAGGAACUGGAGCUUGCAUUUAAUGGAAUCAAAACAGUCUAUGUGAAAUAUGGAGACUUUAAGUUCUUGGAAUUCCUGGACCUUUCCUUCAACAGCCUGACUGCAGAGGCCAUUUGUGAUCUGGGGAUUCUGCCACACCUCCGUGUCCUGCUCCUCACAGGCAAUGGGCUCACCUCCCUGCCACCCAAUUUGGCUGUCACAGAACAGGAAACAUCUGUAACGUCACUGACAAGCAGGAGGUACAUCCUGAAGUUCCCAGCGCUGGAGACACUGAUGCUGGAUGACAACAAGCUCUCCAGCCCCAAUUGCUUUGCCAGCCUGGCCGGGCUCAGAAGACUGAAGAAGUUAAGCCUGGACCAAAACAGGAUUUUCCGGAUCCCAUACCUACAGCAGUUUCAGCUCCGAGACGGGUCAGGGGACUGGGUUGGAAGCAGGGGGAGUCCCCAGAAAGAGCCCCAUUCCAUGAGACAGCCCAAGCCGUGGAUGUUUGAGGUCUCAGACGAGCAACCAGAUUAUACUGUACUGCCCAUGAAAAAGGAUGUUGACCGGACAGAGGUUGUGUUCUCAUCUUACCCUGGAUUUUCAACCUCAGAGGCAACCAAGGUAUGUGCACUUCCUCCCAUAUUCGAGAUUCUUCCCGUGAAGUCACUGAAGGCCAGGAACCAGACGCUGGCCCCGCCCUUUCCAGAGCUGAGGUACCUUAGCCUGGCCUACAAUAAGAUCGCAAAGGAAGAUGCCAUCCUGCCAGUAGCUCUUUUCCCGUCGCUCUGUGAGCUCAUCUUUCAUAACAAUCCUCUGGUGGCCCAUACACGAGGUAUGGUGCCCACAAACCUGCGCCCCCACCCCGGUGCCCAGGGCCAGUGUGGGCACCCUCAGCCCCACCUCAUGGAUGCUGAGCCCCUGGGCUCUGCCGUGGGUCAUGGGUGGACGUGGUUCAUGGUGCAUUUGGGGACGGAGAGAACCACAGAUGUUGCUGACCAUCUGCCAUGUACCAGCUUACCUGACAGCAACCUUGUGAGGUGGGCGUCAUUGUCCCCAUGCUCAGUGAAGGAUGCUGCGGACCAGGGAGGGGUCCCUCCACUGCUGAAAAGCUUCCUCCAGGAGCGGCUGGGGAUCCACUUGAUUAGCAAGAAGAUAGUAAAAGCCAAGCAUCAUAUUUUGAUGCCUCGGAAGGACUCGAGGAAGGUGAAAACCCAAGUCCCAAAGGUGCCAAAGCGGCCUCUGAUUCUCCAUCACCUCCCUGUGACCACAGUCCAGUCUCCCUCAAAGGAGAUCCCCGAGUCUGAGGCAUGGCCGACUAAAGAGCUCUCCGCUGCCAGAAGCAGUAUUCUGGAGUCACAGAUACCUAUCGAGGGCGUGGAGGGCCUUUCCCUGUCCCACCGGACCUUCGUGCCCCUGCCUCCCAUCUGCUCUGAUUCCACCGUGUACAGUGAAGAGACCAUGUCCCACCGCAGCAACAGACCUGGCCACCUCAGCCCGGAGCACCUGUCAGACGAGGACACCAGGAGCAUGGAGUCCAUAUUCUUGACCCAGGUGGGUGAGCUGCCUUCCUCCAUCCUCCAGAGGGAUGAUUCAUCCAUGAAGGAGGAAGAGCAAAGACCACCCCACACAGCUCCCAGAGAGGUAAAGAGGGCUUGGAGGAAGCUCCCAACUGCCUCCCUUCCCAGCAAGUACCAUGGCUACGAGGAGCUGCUGACAGCCAAGCCUGAUCCAGCCUUUAUUGAGCCAAAGGGAAUCCAGAAGAAUGCACAGGCCCUGCAGCGCAUGCUGAAGUGCCCCCUGCUGUGCUGCUCUUCCAAGCCCAGGCUGGGUGCGCUUCAGAAACACUACAUUCCCAAGGAGAAACGGGCCCAGAGGAUCCCCGUUCCACCGCCACGGAAGACUCGAGCCCAGCUGCUGGAUGACCUCCUCGUCCGCAUGCGGGAUCCCCAGAACAUUACAGAGGCUCCACUAGGAGCUGUCCUGCACCAGCGGACUGAGCGGCGGCUGGUGAACCAGAAGCAAUACCUGGAGGCCAAGCGGCUGCUGAAGGAGUUCCAGGCCCGCUACCGGCAGCUGGUGCGCUACUCACUGCGGACGGUGUUCAGGGCCACAGCGCCACCCCCAGGCCGCCCAGCACUGAGCGAGGGCCAGCCUAGGUUCGGCCGCUUCCUUGAGUUCAUGGAUGAGUUCUGCCAGGAGCCCAUGGCCAGCGACUCGAAAAGCUAAGGGCUGUGCACAGGGCCAUGCGCACUGCCCCGCCUGUGCCCGACACCCUCCCAGGGCUCCGUGCCCUGGACCGUGCCUUGGGGCCAGGUGGGCCAGGUGCAGGCCUCAGACCUCGGCUUGGCCUUGCCUGCUGGCCACAGAGAGUGGGGAACUGGUCAGGACCUCCCCUCCCUAGGCUGGGCAGGACCCAGCACCUGGCCUGGCAGCAAUAAAGAGUAGGUGCAUAGAGCAA